GGGAAAUCAUGGGAGAGAAGGAGAACACAGAUGAGUUGAUUGAAGCUCAAGCCCGUAUUUGGAACCAUACAUUCAAAUACAUCAAUUCCAUGUCUUUGAAAUGUGUUAUUGAAUUGGGCGUUCCAGAUAUCAUCCAUAACCAUGGCCAACCCAUAAGCCUAUCAGAAUUAGUGGAAGCGCUCCAUAUUCAACCCUCCAAAGCCCAUUGCCUUGGCGUUCUAAUGCGCCUCCUCCAUCAUUCUGGCUUCUUUUCUCAAACUCAACACCAGAAUCAUCAGCAUCAAGAAGUAGUGAAGUAUGGUCUUACACCCUCCUCUCGAUUUCUCCUCAGCCCCAAUACGACGACUUCGACGACGACGACAUUACAAGCCUUACCCUUUGUGUUUCUAGCCCUCCAUCAAGCCAUGAUGGCUCCAUGGGAAACCAUGAGCAGCUGGCUGCGCACUGCAGAUGGCUCUGCCUUUGAAACGGUGCAUGGGAAAUCAAUAUGGAAUUACGUUGCUGAUGAGCCUGAUCUUAGAAAUUUGUUCCAUCAAUCCGUGGCUUAUGAUUCUCACCUGAUUGGGAGGAUCGUGACGAGGCCGGAGUGCCGAGACGUGUUCGAGGGGGUGAAGUCACUGGUCGAUGUUGCCAGCGAUCGAGGCAUUAUAGCCAAUGCCAUAGCGGAAGCAUUCCCACACAUCACUUGCACUGUGUUGGAUCUCCCCCAACAAACCACAAAAGGGUUGAACUUAGCAAUACAAAUUCCACCAACAGAUGCAGUCUUACUCAAGUCAGUUCUACACCAAUGCAACGAUGAAGAAGGCAUACAAAUACUGAAGAAAUGUAAAGAUGCAAUUAGUAGCGCCAAAGGUGGGAAAGUGGUGAUCAUAGAGGCAGUGCUGGAAACGCAGAUGGAAGAUGAGGAGUCAACUGAAACUGAGCUUUGUGGUAAUGCGUUGAUGAUGGCCACUUUCAACAAUACGAAGAGAAAUGAGAGAGAAUGGAAGGAUCUGUUCAUGGCAGCUGGUUUUAGUAACUAUAAGAUAAGUACUUUCUUGGGUUUAAGGUCUCUUAUUGAGGUCUUCCCUUGAAUCUUAUCCUUCACAACGUCUACUACCAAAUCCAAUAAAUUUUAUGCCCUUUUUAGUUAAUGUAUCCAAGAAUAAGAAUGACAAUCCAUCAGAUAAUAAAAGAUUAUUAUUUUGAGAUCAAAAUUA